GUGUCGGCCCUUUAUUUCAAAAACGGAGUGAUGUCAAACAACAGCGGCAGACUCUCUGACAAAGUCAGCUGUCUUCUAACCAGCUCAUUCAACGCCCACAAACCGGUCGAAGAGGAUAACUCGAUGCCCGCGACGUAGCCUAACCAUUCUGCAGAGGUCGUUCGGAGGCUUGAAAUGACAACAUCUGCGAAUGCCAUGAACGCAUCGCAGUUCUCCAGCUCGUUGCACCUGCAUAUAGUUAAUAUCAGAGGACUCAUGAAAGGAAAGUUUGGCUCUCAGAUACGAGCAUUUUUCGUGUGACUACUACAGAUCUGUUUGAAUGUGAGAUCAUAUCUGGACCAAGACCACAGGAGAGCUGCAUGUCAUUCAUGGACGCGGGGAGGAACUUCGCGCAUUGAUCAUAUAAAAGAGGAUGUUUCUUUUUUUUAUUCCAUAUAAUUCUCGAUUGUGCAUAUAUUUGAUAAGAGAUGGCAUGGCAUCCCUGUUUUCUCCGCUGGUUCCGAUGGCUUCGGUAGGACGAUAUUAAUGUGGGUGGACCUUGGCGCAUCUCCAACGGAUAUUUUUUAGGGGGGCAGGAGGAUCGGGCUAUUUACUACAGCUUUGUAGUACUUUUUACAUCUAAACCAGCGGACAUUUUUUUUAAAUCGCAAGCAUCAGAGAUAUUCUACCUCCUUUGUCAGGAUAUAAUGGCCGAGGACACAGCUAUAGAUAGGCUGAGCACAGCAGCUGCGAUUGGAGAUCUGAAAGAAAUUGAGCAGACACUGCAAAGCAACGUGAACGUUAAUGAGAAGAACAAGUACGGCAGGACACCAUUGCAGGUGAUGAAACUUGGCUGUCCGUGCAUAGCGGAGGCGCUGCUUCGAGCGGGCGCCGAUCCAAACGCGCGCGACCCCAUCCUACGACUGACCGUCAGUCACGACGCCGCGCGAGACGGAUAUCUGGACACUCUACAGGUGCUCGCGCAGAACGGUGCUGAUGUCAAUCUCCCUGACAACGACGGCAACCUGCCUCUGCAUCUGGCGGCGCGGGAGGGACACCUGGAUGUCGUGCAGUAUCUCGUAUCUGACUGCAGCACGCCGCCUUUUGUGCCUAACGCACACGGCUACACGCCUCGUGACCUGGCGCUCAUGCACAAAAAACACAGAACUGUUGAGUGGCUGGAGAACAUUGCGCCUUCACAAUCCAGCUAGAGAUUAUGACUAUGGGCCUGUGUGUUUUGUUGUGUAACAGAGGUAGCAGACAAACGCUGAAUGAGCGAUUUAUUGCAUUGCAGACAUUUCAGCCAACUACCUCUCAUUGCAUUGUAAAAUAUUGGGCUCAGGGGCUUGUCUGUUUGUGAAGAACAAUUAACAUUUCAGUUGGCGUUGCGUGUUAUUCACAUUGCCCCCAAUUUCAACCGGCUAAGUGGAUUUCAUUUUAUUUUA